AGAGAGAGAGAGAGAAAGAAUGGAAGGACUAAUGGAAAAGGGUGGCAGGCUGGAAAAAUGACACACUUCUUUCUACAGGGAGCUCCAUGUUUGCAACGAACGUCUUAGGAGAAUUCCACCCAGUUGGAGUGACAAUGUCUUCUCACGUGAAACUUAGGAAGGAGAGGGUUGGUACGGUGGAAUAUGACACACAAAUUAAAGAAGUGCGUUGUCAGCUUGUGGACCAGCUGAAGGUGUUGGACUUGCAGGUGGAGCAGAAAAGCCAACAGCUGCAGGACCUCACGGACUAUCUGCGGCGGCGGGGUGAGAUCGAAAGCGAGUAUGCUCGCUCCCUGGACAAACUUGCCGAAAGGUUCACUUCCAGAAUCAAAAGGAAGGAACCUAGUGGUCACUCUGUGGCUCAGGUCUGGAUGGCUCUACUAUCACAAACCCGCCAAGAAAGUAAGGACCAUAACAGACUGAGUGAGAGCUGCAACAGCAUCUUCACACAACCCCUCACACACUGUCUGGAGUACACACAGCGCCUGGCAAAGAAGAGUAAAGAUAUCUGUGUGCAGUUACAGGACGGACUACUCAAGGUUAUCACAGAGCUACAGACUGCAUGGCGGACGUACUACCAGUACCACUCAGAGUACGUGUGUGCGGAGGGGAAGCUGAAAGAGGCUGAAAAACAGGAGGAAAAGCAGAAGCAGAGUGCUGCUAAGAAACUGGAGAGGUUGAUAGAAAAGAGACAAGGUAAAGUCCAAGAGCUGCACCUGAAGUGCACCAAGGCCCGAAAUGAAUACCUGCUCAACCUGGCUGCCGCCAACUCCUCUAUGAAUAAGUACUACCUCAAAGACAUUUCGACUCUGAUAGAUUGUGCAGAUGUAGGGUACCACCUGUGUCUGGGUCAGGUGAUGCAGGCCUACCUGUCUGGUCGAUUGUGGGCUCAGCAGAAUCUAACUGCAGGCCUACAGCAGCUGCAAGAAUCUGUGGCGGGACUGGACCAGAGCCAUGAUAGAGACACUCUUCUGCAGGACCACUACAACACCUUCUGUCUUCCCUUUCGCUUUGGCUACCAGCCCCAUGAUGGAGAUCAGGUGUCUGAGGUCAGUGGAGAAAGUGAGACCAGGUUCAAACAGAUACAGACCAGACUGAAAGCUGUUACCCAGGAAACAUACGAGGCUGAUAGGAGCAUGCUGGCUGCACAGACAUCUCUGCUGGAGCGCAUCAGUGAUAAUGACCUGGAGCCCUGCAGUGGCAGCACUUCAUCACAGGAGGGCAGCGCUGAGAACCUGCUUGCCAGGCCGAGUGUGGCCCGCCGCCGGUCCAACCUGCAGGAAGUAGAAAACCUCUACUUCACUAGGGUAAAGGAAUAUCUCAUAGGAAGCUCAAUGGUGUCUAAACUAGAAGCCAAACAUGACCUGCUCAAAGAAGCUGUGGAAAAAGCUGAAGCAACAAUUGGACAUGAGCCCAGACACAGUGCAAAGACUGUUCGGGUCAGGAGGAAUCCCUCGUGUCUAAAUUUAACUCACAACCACAAACUAUUCGGUGGAGACCUGCUGUCCUUCAUAAAGGCGUCAGGACAACAGAUCCCAGUAGUUGUGGAGAGCUGCAUUCGCUUCAUCAACCUUAAUGGUCUUCAUCAUGAAGGCAUAUUUCGGAUUCCAGGCUCCCAGAUGGAGGUUAAUAACCUGAGGGAUGCGUUUCAGCGAGGAGAGGACCCCCUAACAGAGCAGAGGUAUGACCUGGACUCUGUGGCGGGAGUGCUGAAACUCUACUUUAGGGAACUGGAGAAUCCCCUCUUCCCUAUCAACAGCACCGGCCAGCUCUUGGAGUGUGCACAAAUGAAGAAUGAGACAGAGAGAGCAGCUCAACUCAAAAUGACCAUCUCAUCCUACCCUGAGCCCGUCAUCGUUCUCAUGAGAUAUCUCUUUGCAUUCCUUCAUCAUGUGUCCCAGUAUAGUGAUGAAAACAUGAUGCAGCCUUACAACCUGGCUGUCUGUUUUGGCCCCAACCUGGUAAGGGGGCAUCACGACGAUGUUGUCACACUGCAGCCACAGAUCAAUGCUCUGGUGAAGAACAUUAUCCUCCAGCACGAGAGUGUCUUUCCUGGUCAGGACGAAGUACACGGUCCAGUGUAUGAGAAGUGCAUGACACUGGAACAAGAUGAUUGUGAGCCAAUCACUGAAGAAGGAGAGGCAGACUGCUCUCACAAUAAAGAUGAAUUUGAAACGGAAUCAUCAACUGACCACAGCACCAGUUCUUCUGCAGCUCAGAAAAUGGCAGAGCGCCCCAGAGCCAACAGCAGCAGUUCUGCUGAUCAAAGAAGACUAUCAGGCCCAGCAGGGGGCAGUAUUGUUUCAGCUGGAAAAAUAAUUCUCCAAAUUCCUGUUGGGCCACAGUGCAAGCCGAGGCGGGUCCACUCUCCGGGCUCUGUGCACAGGAAUCGCACACACUCUGCCUCUGAUGAAAUCAUUAUUCAAGUUGACAAGGCUGUCUGUCGCCAGAUGGACCGCGUCUGCAAGGAGCUCAUCUCUCGGCAAGCACUGCAGGAUACCUCUUCCUCCACCUUCAGUCCUUCCACCCAUGAUCCCCAAAAGAAAGGGAGGGAGGAUGGACGUAAAGGAAAAGGAGCAGAUCCAUUCGACUAAGGGAACUGACAUCAGUUGAACAUCAGAAGAUAUAAACUGUGCCCUCAGAUUAUCACCAAACUGAAUCUCCUUCCAACACAGCAGCUUUGCAGUUCCUGUUGGUGGUGGAGGCAUCUGUCUGCUGUGAGCUUAUUAAACUGGAGGGGUUUCAUUUAUGUUUUGUGCAGAUCUGCAAAUUACUUGAAAAGGUACAUGUGUGUUUUUGCAUCUGAAUGUGACUAUUUGAGAUACAAUGCAGCCAGAACGUAUUACAGAGCUUCUCUUUUUCACAUUUUAUGUUACAGCCUAAUUCCAAAAUUGAUGAAAUUCACUUUUUCCCCCCACAAAAUUCUACACAGAGUUCCCCAUAAUGACAAUGUGAAAAAA